AUGUCUGAUAUCGCUGCUCAAUUCAAGUUGGUCAAGGGACCAAUCUACUCGCACUGCUUCAACACUGAUAGAAGCUUGUUAGCCAUUACAUAUGACACUGACUGUUAUGUUUACAAGAUUGGGGCCUCUAAGCAGCCUCAGUUAGUUGCAGUUUUGCCAGACCACGAUAAAACAGUUACUGCUGUUGAUAUUUCUGUGCAUGGACGUAUUGUGACCUGUUCCCAAGACAGAAAUGCGAUUGUGUGGGAGCCAUUGUCGAAUGGAACUUACAAGCCUACGUUGGUGUUGUUGAGAAUCAACCGUGCAGCUACCUGUGUUUCAUGGGCAUCCACUGGGUACAAGUUUGCUGUUGGGUCCAGUGCCAGGAUCAUUGCUGUGUGUUAUUACGAGCAAGAGAACGACUGGUGGGUUUCGAAGCACAUCAAGAAGCCAAUCAAGUCGACCAUCAAUGCUCUAUCAUGGCACGCAAAUAGCGUUCUCUUGGCCUGUGGUGGUACCGAUGGGUAUGCCCGUGUAUUUUCUGGUUUCAUCAAGGGUCUUGACAGCAAGGAACAAGUUGCUUCUUCGCCUUGGGGUGAAAAGUUCCCAUUCGGUUCUCUGGUCAGAGAAUGGUACCAGGGAGCUUGGAUCCACGACAUCAAGUGGAGAUCGUCCAUCGACCACGUUGCAUAUGUAGCACAUGAUGGCUCCUUAACCAUUGUGGACUAUACCGACUCCCAAUACUCUAUCGACAACCCUGAAGGUCUCCCAUUCAAGACGUUAUGCUGGAUCAACGAUCACGAAAUCUUGGCUGCUGGUUUCUCCAACCACCCAGUCUUGUUCAGCGAGGGUUCCAACGGCUGGAAGCUAUCCAAGAUCUUGGACGCUCCUGCCAAGGCCCCUGUCAGAACCCCGGCCAUCGGCUCAGAUGAUGCUGAUGAAGACGAAAACGCAAACUUCGGUAUGUCUGCUUUGAGAAAGUUCAAGGAACUUGACUUGAAGGGUAAGGUCAGCCAACACGAGGAGAAAUCCACUCACGAAAACGCCAUCACCGAGUUGUCCCCAUACGCUGAGUCCAACAAUAACGUCACAAAGGUUUCCUCCGUGGCAUUGGACGGGAAGCUCGUCAUUUACAAGUUGUAA